ACCUGUCUUCACGGUCUGAUCUGUCUCGCUCCUGGCUAUCAGCAACUUUCAAAACAUAUAAAGAACGUUCUCCCUCUCUCUGUCUCUCUCUCUCAACCCCUAAGACCUGGUUUUUGUAAAAUAAACCAGGUCUUAACCUUAACCAGCUCCUGAUAUUAUUUUGUUCAUUUUGCACAAAAAUUUUGGGUAUUUGUAAUUUUUUCAGUUUUGAAUUCUCAGUUUCGCUUCGACAAUGAACGACCUCUUAACGGACUCAUUCGAGAUCCCUCGGGGUCAAGCUUCUAGAGGUGGAGAUAUAGAGUUAGGAGCAAACGCUCCAAUAAAUUCAGGAGAACUGGGCUUGGAGAAUUUCUUCAAAAAGGUUACAGAAAUUGAGAAACAAUAUGGGAAACUGGACAAUUUACUCAAAAAGCUACAGGAUAUAAACGAAGAGUCCAAGGGUGUAACUAAGGUUCCUGCCAUGAAAGCAAUCAAGCAGCGAAUGGAGAAAGAUAUUGAUGAAGUUGGAAAAGUUUCUCGUUACAUUAAAUCAAAAGUUGAAGAACUUGACAAAGAGAAUUUAGGGAAUAGGCAGAAGCCUGGGUGUGGAAAAGGAACAGCUGUGGACCGCACGAGAAUGGCAACAACCGUUUCCUUGAAAAAGAAGUUGAAGGACAAGAUGGCUGAAUUUCAGACUCUACGGGAAACAAUGCAUAAAGAAUAUCGAGAGGUCGUUGAGAGGCGUGUCUUUACAGUAACGGGCACAAGAGCUGAUGAAGAGACAAUUGAGAGAUUGAUCGAGACUGGAGAUAGUGAACAAAUUUUCCAGAAGGCAAUUCAGGAACAAGGGAGAGGCCAGAUAAUGGCCACUGUAGCAGAAAUUCAUGAGCGCCAUGAUGCCGUUAGAGAAGUGGAGAGGAAGCUUCUUGAUUUACAGCAGAUAUUCAUGGAUAUGGCGGUGUUGGUGGAUGCACAGGGGGACAUGCUUGACAACAUUGAAGUGCAGGUCUCAAGUGCAGUAGACCAUGUGCAGCAAGGGAAUACUGCCCUCCAGAAGGCGAAGAAGCUACAGAAGAACUCUAGGAAAUGGAUGUGCAUUGCAAUUAUCAUCCUCCUUAUCAUCGUUGCAAUCAUUGUUGUGGCUGUGAUCAAGCCAUGGAGUAGCAACAAGGGUGCUUAGCUGCUCAUCGGUCCAAUAAAUUCAUAUAUUUUAGACUCGACCCUGAAAUUUCUCUUAUUUGUGGUCCACGUUUCAAACCCGGCCUCUUGCUGUCCAUCUAUUUUAUGAUUGAUUGAGUAUUUUUAAUUGAAAUGUAUAUCACUAUAUCAUAUAUAUAAACUCAUUUUUUUAAAAAAAAAUUUUAAAUUAAAAGAAUAUUGAUUGAAGAA